AUGGAGAAGCGUAUUGGCACCUCUGAAGAUGUGGAUGCUCCUCAGAGGAAGGAGGCAGCGAAAGGAAAAGGGGAGAUAAAUGCUCCUGCAGCUUCCGAAGCCCUCGGCCAGGCCCCCUUCCUGGAGAACUGGGCUGCCCCUGCACGGGGGCCCCCUUCCGGCCAGCUGCUGUGUCCAGGCGGCGGGUCUGGGGGCUCCUGCCCUGCGGCACAGCCCCGGUGGGCUCCGCUUGGCCCCCUGCUUUCAACACCUACGUGCAACCGCCGGGAGAGCCCCUCCAGCCGAGUGGAUCCCUUUUCCGAGAGGCCGGGGCCUUGGGAAUUCCUCGUGGAGGGAGGCGACACAAUCCACGCAGAAGUGAUGCGCGGGUCCAGAGAGGCCGAGGGCACGCUGGGCUCCCCUCCGAGAGCCCGAGAGCAGUGCGGAGCAGCGCACGGGGAGAAGAGGAGCCCCUCUGAUGGGAGCCCCGCUGCAGUAAGCGCUCCAGGCAAGGUACAAGCGGUGGGCAUCUCCUCGGUUCCUUUCUUACAGCUUCAAGCGUCUGCCCGGCGGCCUAGCACCAUGUCCAAGCGCAACCGAGACGUCGAGCUGGUCCGCCUGGUGCACGAGAACCCCCCCGGCUCGCCAAGCGCCCCCCUCUCCCGCCACAGCGUAGCUGAGCAGCUGCCCAACGUCCCCAGCUCCCACCCCGCCCCCGCUUCCCGCAUCCCCGUCCUCACGGCCCGAAAGCACAAGGCUGGUGUGGCGAACUCGAGCUUUCUGAAGGAGGACGGGCCCCUCUCGCUGGCCGGGGGAAGGUCUGCCAGAGUGAACAUCCCACAGGGGGAGGCGAAAGGCGCCUCGACGGGGCUGCCCAUACUGGCUCGCCGUGCCCAGCCGUCUCCUCAGACCAAAUCCCAGGCUCUCUCUGUCGCAGCGCUGCCCACGGGCCCCAAGAGGAGGAGGCCCUCCCCGCAAGAGGAGGGCACAGAGGAGCUGAAGGGGCCCUCGCCAAGCCAGUCUCCGAUCACGGCGUGGCCGGACCAGCCCAGCCCAGGAAGAAAUGUGCAGAUGGGGGUGCCGGAGCGCAGCGGCUCCGCCGCAAGCCAAAGCAGCACUGUCAUCCACGAGCGCCUGCAGGAGCUGGUGCGGCUCUUCAGGGACCGGACGGAGAAGGUGAAGGAGAAGCUGAUCGACCCGGAUGCCUCCUCUGACGACGAAAGCCCCGUGCCGUCACCUCCCAGGGAGAGCCCUCCAGAGGGAAAGGGGGAAGAGGCUGAGCAGGAGGCCGUGCAGAAGCGCCGCGGGAAAUUCAGGUCGCGCCUGUUGCUCUGCCAAGUGAAGAAUUACCGCUUCCCCAGCAGCAUCGAUCCCCUCACCAGCCUGACGUACGUGUCCUGGCUGCUCCUCGUGGUCUUGGCAUGGAGCUGGAAUUGCUGGCUGAUCCCAGUCCGCUGGGCAUUCCCGUACCAGACGCCGGCCAACGUCCACUGCUGGAUGGCGGUGGACUACUUCUGCGACCUCAUCUACCUUCUGGACAUCACCCUCUUCCAGGUCCGGCUGCAGUUCGUCCAAGGAGGAGACCUCAUAACGGACAAAAAGGCCAUGAGGAAGAACUACCUGAGGUCGCGUCGCUUCAAGCUGGACGUGCUCUGCCUGCUUCCACUGGACUUGCUGUACUUCAAGGUGGGCGUGCGCCCCCUCCUGCGCCUGCCCCGCUGCCUGAAGUACAUGGCCUUCUUCGAGUUUAACAGCCGGCUGGAAGUCAUCCUGAGCAAGGCCUACGUGUACAGAGUUGUCAGGAUCACGGCCUACCUGCUCUUCAGCUUGCAUGUGAAUUCCUGCCUGUAUUACUGGGCUUCGGCCUCCCAGGGACUCGGCUCCACCCCGUGGGUCUACAGCGGGGAAGGAAACAGCUAUCUGCGCUGUUAUUACUGGGCUGUCAAGACUCUAAUCACAAUCGGGGGGCUGCCCGAUCCGUACAACCUCUUUGAGAUCAUCUUUCAGUUGCUCAAUUACUUCACUGGCGUCUUUGCUUUCUCUGUCAUGAUUGGACAGAUGAGGGACGUGGUUGGGGCGGCCACGGCUGCACAGACCUAUUACCGGAGCUGCAUGGACAACACCAUCAAGUACAUGGCUUUUUACAGGAUCCCUCCGUCUGUCCAGAACCGAGUCAAAACGUGGUACGAAUACACGUGGCAUUCCCAAGGCAUGCUGGACGAAUCGGAGCUGCUGGCGCAACUGCCCGACAAGAUGCGGCUGGACAUUGCCGUCGACGUGAACUACGACAUCGUGAGCAAGGUGCCUCUCUUCCAGGGCUGUGACCGGCAAAUGAUUUUUGACAUGCUGAACAGACUCCGCUCGGUGGUGUAUUUACCGAAUGACUACGUGUGCAAGAAGGGGGAAAUUGGCCGCGAGAUGUACAUCAUCCAAGUUGGGCAAGUCCGGGUACUAGGAGGACCUGAUGGGAAAACAGUGCUUGUGACUUUGAAAGCGGGGUCCGUGUUCGGAGAAAUAAGCUUGCUGGCUGUGGGAGGUGGAAAUCGGCGCACGGCCAACGUUGUGGCACAUGGGUUCACUAACCUGUUCAUUUUGGAAAAGAAAGACCUGAAUGACAUUCUGGUGCAUUAUCCGGAGUCUCAGAAACUGCUGAGGAAGAAGGCCAGGAGAAUGCUGAAAAGCCACAACAAGGCCAAAGAUGACAAGGGUGUGCCCAAGGAGGUGCUGGUGAUCCCGCCAAGGGCCGGGACACCCAAGCUCUUCCAGGCCGCUUUGGUCGCUGCGGGCAGGAUGGGAGGCAAGGGGAGGCUGGCCCACAUCCGCUGGCGACUGAGAGAGCUGCAAGCCAUGCAGGCUGCCAGUCCCAUGCCAGUCCUUCCCAAAUCCCCAGCCAGUCACCCCUCGCCAGCUGCCUCCGGGCAAUCAGAGGACUGCAGGCCUGAGGAGAGAAUUCCACCGAGCCCCGACCAUGAUCACGCCGUCCGUAUUCACACGAGUCCAACACCCCGAGGCGGCGAGCAAGUUCUCUCUGUACAGGUUUUAGACAAGGAGGGGGCCGAGUAGGAAAGCUGCAUAGCAGGCACUUCUGUGUCUCUUAGAAGAUUUUGGUCCCAGGAAUGGAACCGCUUCAGAUCACGUUGGCAUGGGGGGUUCAGCCAUUCAAAAGCUUCUCUCCAAGGCUGUGCUUUUAGCAGAAAAGGCUGCUGAAAUUAAUCUUUUCACAGUAGGACCUAGGAAGCUUUGCAUUCUUACACAUCCAUUUUGUUGUCACAAGGCGUCACGUCAUCUCAGGUUUAGGGUGACCCUUUGGAUGGGUGUCCUCCAAGUUGUGUCCCCUGCUCGGCUCCGGUAAACUCAAGGCUGGACUUCCUUCGUCACAGCAUAUAUCAAUAUGAGUGCCGCGAAAACAUGUUUCUGGGCUAUGGGGCUGUGCUUUGAGGACCGGAUCAGGCCUUGGGGGCAGGGUGAACAAGCCCCACUCUGCUCUCCUGGGCUAGCCAGUGUGGACGAGGAAGGGCGAGUGGUGAACAGUGCGUGCUGGCAUUCUUGCAGGGGGAAGUUCAGCCGUAAGACGGCAGAGUAAAUCAGUUGCUUGGAUGGCUGAGGACGAUUUAGAUAUCCAGGAAUGAGUUGCCCAGAGGGGAAAUAUCACAGUUGCUUAUUAGUGUUUGUUGCAGCAAACUAACAGCAAUAAGCCGAAAUAAACUUUGUGGCACCGAAAAA